AUGCCAAACGACUACCAUUCUGUGCCUCUUGACGAGGAAGAGAGCGUCAAUGGCUCAACAGAGAAGACACCCUGGCUGUCAGGGAGCAGGAAGACAGGUUCUGGGCCAGCAAGACCGUUGCAAUCGCACUGGAUAUGGCUUGUUCAUGCCUUGCUCUUGUCCGCCUCAGUGACUCUAUUCACACUCUCGUUUUGCGUAAAAUCAGCGAAUCCGUCAACACACCUCCUAGACCACAUUUCCACAUACUCUCCGCUGUUCCCUGCCGUCAAGUAUGAGCUGAACAAGUUUACUCUCGCGCCUAUCCCGAAAGGCUCGCCAUAUGCGGGCUACGGUCCUGCUGUGGACGACGCGUGGAACGUCAUCGCCAAUGACAUUGGCGACAUUAUGAUCACAGAGGAGGAGAGACUCAAGCUGGGAUUGUCACCAGACUCGCUCAAGAUCCAAGACCCCAGGACAGGCAAAUGGGGCUAUAGAGCUGGCGUUGAGGUUUUCCAUCAGCUGCACUGCCUCAACCUCCUAAGGCAGGCGAUAUACAGCGAUUAUUACGGCCAGAAGGAGUUAGGCGGAGAUGUCGGGAACGCGGAUGGCCCGGAGGACCUCUUCGGUCACGUCGAUCACUGCAUCGAGGCGAUUCGAGAAAACCUCAUGUGUCAGAGCGACGUGAGCGUCUUCACAUUCAAGACGUUCCCCGAGCUGGCGGACGAAGGCAUCGAAGGCGAGUGGCCCGACUUCCAGAUCAACCACAUGUGCAGGAACUUUGAGGCCAUCAGGAAGUGGAACAACGACCACGUCGUGGCGUGGGACCAUGAUGUAUAA